AUGGGAUUAAGAAUUGGUGGUUCCUCCUAUUCAACAUUUUCUCUGCAACGUUCGCUUCUUCCUCCAUUGACAACAGUAACCACUUUCACACGUGACUGGAGGAGAAGGAGGAGUACCUGCAUACGAUGUUUUUCGGUAUCUUAUCACAAGUUUGUUGACUUUGCUUUGGAUGAAACCAGACGCCACACUCACUUGACCUCUUCGCCUUUGCAGGAAAAGUUCAGUUUCAUGAAUUCUAAGGAUGGUAAAGGAAGGCUUAGUAUGAUAUCAUUUCAAGGUGCCAAAAUUAGGCUUCUACGAAGUUUGAUCAUCGAGACAGAAACAAUGCAGGUUUUGGAUUUUGCUGUCUUUCCUGAAGCAGAAUAUGAUGUCCCCAUAUUUUGUGCAAACUUUUUCACCUCUGCUAAAACAAAUAUUGUCGUGUUGGACCUUAACCCCUUGCAUGAUAUCAUCAAUCAACAUGAGUACAAGGAUAAGUACUUUAAAAGCUUAAUUCCUCUUGGCCUUAAAUAUACUGAGCUUUUUCCAUGGGGAGGGAAGCUCUCAAGUGAGUCUAUAAAAUUUUUUUCACCAAUUGUCAUCUGGACAAAGUUUACCUCAAACCCACAAAAAUAUGAUAUUCUGUAUUCCGCAUUUAGGGAGUAUUACAAGGUAUGGUUGGAAUUGAUAUGCAAAUCAGUUAAAGAGACAGAUGAAUCUCAGACUGUGCUCAAUAUCGAAGCACAACAUAGAUAUUUAACAUGGAGAGCUGUGAAGGAUCCAGGACAAGGUGUAUUGAAGAAGUUGAUUGGGGAUACACUUGCCAAGGAUUUGUUGAGAAGCUUUCUCUUCAAUGGAGUUGAUGAACUAGGAAGCAAAACAUUCAAUGAUUAUUUUCCACACUACUGCACUGAAGAGGGAACGUUAAAUAAAAAGAGUAAUAUUGUUGGGAAGUCCUUUGAUAAUCGUCCAUGGAAUGCUAGAGGAGAGUUUCUUGGUAAACCAAUUUUGGAAUUGGGUUUUAUUUAUCUAAUUACUGUUUUCUUUGCAUUUAUGUUUCCUGUCUUGUGCUAG